AUGGAAGAAGAGCUUAAAUCCAGCCCAGAUCACAAUUCCCAUAAAACCUCAUACGCAAUUACACAUCAAAAAUUCACAGAAACCCCUAAAAAAGGACUCAACUCCCUCCCAAAGCUAUUUAAUGGAAAACCUAUCAAUAUCUAUAACUUCUUUGCCCUCUAUUCCAACUCUGGAAAUUUCAAUGUAAAUAUCCCUACCACCCUCAUUAAGUCCGAAGACCUUCCAAACCACUGCUUACUCAGGACCAAAAGCAAUGGUAUGCUUCACUGCCGAUCCUGCAGCCACAAUGAGUUUUUUGUUUUCAGUCACAAAAAUAAAACCCCAGACUCACAAAUUUACUUAUACAAGUCUUUGUUCAGAGAAAGCCUUGUUUUUCAAUCGAAAACAAGCGCAGAGGAUUUUUGGAAAUCUUCCAAGGAUUUAUCAGGGAUAAUGCAGUGUCAUGUAGAAUGCAUUUCGAAGCCUGUUUCAAUAACAAGGGUAUUGUGGAGGCUAGGAAUGGCGUCUAAGUAUUAUAGCAUAAUUAGUUGUGAUAAGCCUAUAAUUCGGUCAAGAGAUAUAGAAAUUUCCCAUAGAUGGCGCUGUUUGCCCUUGAUUUGCCCACUGGGGAAAUGUUUUUGGUUCGACUAGUACCAUAUUGUUUGGUCAAACCAAAAUAUUUUCCUCAUGGACAAAUCAAGGGCAAACAGCGCCAUCUAUGGAAAUUUCUAUACUCAAAAAAGAGUUACUUGUCCUGCAUCAUCUUUCAAAAGGAAAAAAAAUGUGUCUCAGAGUAUUGAUUUCAGGUAUACAGAUAUGAUGUUUAGGACGUCAAAAUCUAUAAAUAAUCCUUUCAAAGUAAAUUCUCUGUCAAAAUCGAACCUAAAAGAAAGACCGAAAGUGGCAUCAUCAGAAAUAAUUAUAGAUGAGCCACAGUUACCUAAAAAAUCAAGAUCAGAAGACUCAUCAGCAGAAAUACAUAAAAAGAAAAAACAAAUUAUCAAUAUAAAUGACCCAGAAGGCUUUGUUGUUGUAGAAAGCAAAAAUAAGGUCCCUGAAAUAGAAUUAAUGAUUAACGAAAUCGUAUAUUUUUUAAAUGCGCACGUUUUUAAAGAAGAAGAGCUGAAAGGAGCUAUUUUUGAAUUUUUAAAUGAUAAAGAAAAUAAAUGAGUAUUUCUCAAUUGUAAAGAAAUUAGUUUAAAUAGCAAACUUCCUGCAGAAAUUUCUGAUUUAGCAAGAAAUGAUGCUAAAUUGCCUCAGAAACGGAGAAGCAAGUCUUCUGUUACAUUGAAACUAUGUGAAAGCAAGCCAGAUUCUCCUAUAUGCUCAGAAAUUGAUUCUAUUGAACAAGAAAAGCGCCAUUCUGUCGUGGAUGAUAAAAUUAAACUCCCAUUUAGGAUUCGGACUACCCGUAAUAAGCUUACUCAAGCCAAAAUGAACUGUUCAGAAAAAGAGCUUCUUGAAAGAUGUAACAAAGUCAAUGAAAAAUUAGAACAAAUAGCAAGCCUAAAUCCUAUGAGCUACUUAAAAGACGUCAAUCUAAAAGAGCAAAGCAUGAAGUCUUAUCAAAACAGAUUUCAGCUUGAAAAUUACUCAUUUAACUCCUCUCAGCCAAAACCAGAACCUUCUAUUAUAGAAACCCCAUCCAUUACCAAGCAGGAAUCAACCACAAAUGCUGUAUUUAAUGACAAAAUUCUUGACCAUACCCGAAAGCUUAUAUCAGACGGAAUCAAUCAUUUAGACGAAAUGAAGAUGAACACUGAACUUUUAAAAGUAAAAAGUCACAAUAUUGUGGGAAAAUACGGCGGAGACGAGUUUUGAAAUCGGUUUAUAGGGUCUUUAUAUCAAAAAGUGCUGACUUAUGAAUCAUUAAAAAGCUAUUUUAAGCACCCAAAUAUGAAAAUGAUAGUAGACGGGAUGUUUAAAAUUUUCAAUGGAUGCGCCACAUUGGAGUUCAGGAGAAAUGUCAGGUCUUCCCAUACGUCGUUAGGGAUUAGUGAAAGUAAUUUUUUGCUGUAUGUAAAGAUAUUUGAAGAUACUCUUGAUGAGUUUGAGGUUGAUGAGAGGGAUAAGCACGUUAUUAUGUCACAGAUCAAGUCUAUGAAAUGUCUAAUUUGCAGACACACAGUACUUUAG